AUGCAAUCGCCUACGAAGGAAGGAAUGACGCCUACCGAAGAAUCUGUCAGUCGGGCUGGGACCCCACCGAACGUUGCCGAAGAGAGAGACCUGUGGCUCCAGGCGCUAGAGACCGAAGACUUCGCUAAACUGCUGCUUGAGUGCUAUAGGUCUUCAGCAGCCGAAGAGACUCCCCUCAUUGGACUCCAACCUCAAUGCUCGCGCGAUGCACCAAGUGAGAACGCUCCGACUCCGGCCGAGAUGAAAGAAGGAUUCGCAGAAGCUCGAUUCGCAACGCUAAGGCUCUUACGACCUUGGUUUCCCAAAGCAGACCCAGAACAUGAACGGGCGAAAAAAUUUAGGGCCUGGCAUUCGAGAAGAGAUAUUGUUAUGCAAACUUGCUCCGUAACCUCGGUAGUGAUCUUCCUAAUUAACCUUUCGUGUACGGUUGUGUUCAAGUCGAAAUGGGGAGCUAAUAGCGAUAUCAAUACUCUCUACCAAGGUGAUUGUUCCAAGACGGAGAAGAUUAGUACGGAUCUUCACGUGGUAAUCAACCUGCUCAGUGCCCUCUUACUCGGCGCCUCAGACCUGUGUAUGCAACUUCUGGCGGCGCCUACACCCUCGGAAAUUGAAAGAGCACACAAAAAAUAUUUGGGUGCCGAGCUUUCGAAACCUCAGACACAUCGGUCGGGAUAG